GUCUCCAUAGAAACCUCCACCUGUUUCCGGCCAGCCGGGGCGAGAUUAGGGGCUGCUCCGGGGGCCAAUCUCCGCCAGCUCUCCUUUUCCCAGCGGUCCCUGCGGGCGCGGUGGGUGUUGUACACAAUCAUCAUGGCGGCGGCCGGGGCCCCGGAUGGCAUGGAGGAGGCUGGCAUGGACACGGAGGCCGAGACUGUGGCGGCCGAGGUCCCCGCGCGGCCCCUCAACUGCAUGGAAGCCGAAGCGGCAGCGGUCGCGGGGGCGGCGUCCGCGGACGCCUGUGCCGCGCGAAGCAGCCUGCAGCCAGCCCCGGCCCAGCCCCCUGGAGACCCCGCGGCCCAGGCCUCGGUCAGCAAUGGCGAGGAUGCGGGCGGCGGCGGCCCGGGCAGGGAGUUGGUGGACCUGAAGAUCAUCUGGAACAAGACUAAGCACGACGUGAAGUUUCCCCUGGACAGCACAGGCUCCGAGCUGAAACAGAAGAUUCACUCGAUUACAGGUCUCCCGCCAGCCAUGCAGAAAGUCAUGUAUAAGGGACUCGUCCCUGAAGAUAAGACGUUGAGGGAAAUAAAGGUGACCAGCGGAGCCAAGAUCAUGGUGGUUGGCUCCACGAUAAAUGAUGUUUUAGCAGUAAACACGCCCAAAGACUCUGCACAGCAGGAUGCCAAGGCUGAAGAGAACAAGAAGGAGCCACUGUGCAGGCAGAAACAACACAGGAAAGUGUUGGAUAAAGGAAAACCUGAAGAUGUGAUGCCAUCUGUUAAGGGGGCCCAGGAGCGCCUGCCUACAGUCCCCUUGUCUGGCAUGUACAAUAAGUCUGGAGGAAAAGUGAGACUCACCUUUAAACUAGAACAAGACCAGCUGUGGAUUGGCACUAAAGAACGGACUGAGAAAUUACCCAUGGGCUCCAUUAAAAAUGUGGUCAGUGAACCCAUUGAAGGACAUGAAGACUACCACAUGAUGGCAUUUCAGUUGGGCCCCACGGAAGCCUCUUACUACUGGGUGUACUGGGUUCCAACUCAAUAUGUGGAUGCAAUCAAAGACACUGUGCUGGGGAAGUGGCAGUAUUUUUGAAAGCACUUUCACCUCUGGCCCAGGAGACUGACCCAAAGUGAAGGACAUUGCUGGGAGAGGCCUGCAGCAUCCCUGGAUUUCAGAGUUCUGGAACUUUGUUCAAAAAACAAUCUAUAUCCAAUCUAAGGUGAUGUGGUGACCGAAGCCAGAGGUGAUGUUCUUUCACCCUUAGCUUAAUUUUAACUUAAAAUCACCAGUUCCCUUUCUUGCAGUCAGCUUCAUACCAUUUUUAAAGUCAGUACAGUGGAAAUCAAUAAAUCUGAAUUCCGAAUGUGUUGUGUGGAAUACUCUUAAGUGUGUUUGAGAGUAGAUCUGCCAAGGUUUUGUUUAGAAAGGAAUGGUCAAAAGCUUUCUGCUUUUUUUUUUAAAGUGAUUUUAACUGAAAUAUUUUCAUAAAUCUUUGGUUGUAAACACUUGGACUGUGUUGUGAUGAGUUGGGGUAUUUCUUUUUCUUUUUCAUAUAAAAUUGUAUGCAAAGUGGGAGGGUUGGUAAGCCAUAUUUUUCUGUCCAUUGAUUCAGACUUAAUUCUUUCUGUUUUUUAUUUUCUCACUUCCUAGAUUUGAGUUUUUGUUUUGAAAACCCAAAGAUGUCAGUUCCUCCUUUUGUACCUCAUCACUGCUUCCUUUCCUGGCAUUCUCCUGCCAUGCUGCUGCUCGUGAGUGUGCAGUGGGAGGGAAGGGCUGUGGGUCUCGGUCAGGGAGCGCUCACACGUGCUGUGGUGAGCGGCAGAGUAUUUCACAGUGACUCUUGUCAAAUGUUUUGCCCUUUGGGCACCAAUCUCUGGGUUGUCUGCAGCCCUCACCUAGUGGGUUUUGAUGCCCAGCCUGGCAUGGGUAUGCCUGGCUGUGCUGCUCCAAUAGCCACAGUUCCCAGGCUGCCACAGGCCUCUUCAAGGAGGAGCCAGAUGGAAGACAGUUUAUACAGCCAUAUAGUCAUAGGCCCACGUUAGAAGUUUCGAGAAAUUCUUAGGCAGUCCAAUGAUUAUUUCAAUUAUGCUUCUCCAUUUCUUCUUUCUGCUCAUGUGUUGUGUUCAAGUGUCCUUCAUUCUAAGUUCAGAGAUGCUGCCUUUCUCAAUAAAAAGACAUCUGAUCUAGUAGGUUGGCAAUGUAUUGCAACAUCAAAAAUGGGAUAAAUUCCUUUUGUGAUUAGCUCACCCUCUUCUGGUUUUGGCCCUUAUGUUCUUUGUACACGUAACUCUGUUGUCUACUUGUGACUUGGUUGACUCUGAAACGAGGGUAAGUCUUUUGGUGAGUGGUGUCCUUGUGCUGUUUGCUGUUUCUCUGCUGCUGUAUUUGCAGUCCUCUCAUUGGCUGCAGGCUCUCAUAGCAAGAGAGUUUCCAAACCUGACACUCUGGAUUCUAGGCUGUUCCCCCUUAUUCCGUGAAAUGUAUUAGCAUGUGUGAGCCAGUUAAUGAUGGUGUUCUGCACCCUUUCCUCUGAACUAUAGUUCAGGAAACAGCUGGUAUAUACAGACUCGUGCUUCUCAUGGUGUAGCUGUUUCCGAGUUAGGCUUCUGGGCAGAAAGAUCUACACUUAUUUUUGGGGGGCAUGAGUACAUUUGUGAAGUGUAGUGUCCAAGACACUGCCCAUUUUCAUCCUUAAAAAAGGAACAGUAACGGCAGCCUCUCUGUGCUGUUGGCCACAGUUCCUGCAGAAAACGGUGCUUCUGCACUCCUGUUGUACCUCUUCUGCUGCUGACAGGGCUGCAGAGGACAGAGUCAUGGAGUGAGCAGGGUAUCGUCUCGGUUUGUUGGCCAAUGUCCCUGUCCUGGAGACUUGUCCUGACAGUGCCACACACCACUUCUUUCUCUGGAAGCAGGUGUCUCCGUCCCCAGACUGGCCUCACACUGCUGCUCUGAGAAGCCUUUCCCGCCAGGUCUCCUCAUUUUCCCUGUUUGUGUGGCUGCCACGCCAUCAGACAUCCCUUUCUCCCAGUGAGAAUGUGUGUCCCUGCUCCCCAAGAGCCAAACUGCUUCUCACUCGGGCUGGUGUCAUUUCAAGACAAGACCAAAGCCUGUGUGAGCCUUUUUAUUUUACGUAAAAUGGUGCUUUUUUCCUUACUUCAAGAUACUAUAUAUAAAUAAUGUAAAUGACAUCUUUUCAUGUGGAACUGUUUGGUGGGGCUCACUGAAUCUGCUAUAAUAGUCAUGAGGUCUGGCUCCUGGGCCAGUCUGCAUGGAGAUCUUGCUGGAAUCCCUUGGAGAGCAGAGGUGGGUGGGACCAGAAGCCCUGGAAGAGGUGUUUAGUUAGAUCUGAGUCUGGGUCCCAGCAGUAUUCACUGUCUUGUCUCUUGGUCCUGUGAACAGUCUCUUCCUCUUUCUCUUAUAGUCCAGAAUGUGCUGAGACUUAAUCUGUGUUAGCAAGCUGGCAUACUCUCCCCUUAGGUAAUCACAGUGUUCCUGUGUCCUCAGGAUGAAUUCUGUGCAGUUCCUUCACUGUCAGAGGGGACCAGCUCUUUGUCUGGGUCAUGACUAUCCUUCAUGGUGGGCAUGUAGGUGGCCCGAGGAAGUGAUGCUUCCAGGGGGCUCCAGCGUGCAGGGAAUAGGCUAGGGGCCUGGCAUCUUUUCCCUGUAGGCACUUCUCUGAGCCUCCUGAUGGGCUGCUUUUUCUUCUGGAAUUUGUGCUGGUGGUCCUCCUGCAGGUCUUUGCUCAAGAUGCUAUCUUUUCUUCCCUUCCCUGAGGUGACUUGGCAAAUAGUGACAAAGUAUAAUCCCUGCUGAGGCUACCCUGCUCAGCUCUGGGUCAGUCAACCUGAUCAGAGAACUUAGAUUUGUGAGUUGCUGAACUCUUUGGUGUUAAGUAUUUUAAUUGAUGAUGGGCUUUCUGCAAGUAGUAUUAGCUCUUCUUAAUGAGGUUGAACUGAGCUAAGGAUGUCCUUUCUUAUAAUUUGUGGAUACAGGAGGCCAGUGAGGCCUCAGUAGUCUCCUUAGUUGCUGCUUUAUCUUACAAGAGCCAAAGAGACUAACCGCCACAUUCCCACGGCUCUGAAAACCUGUCAUAUUUCAGCCAGAAGGGGCUUGCUUUCCUCUUCUCUUAACUAUGUGCCUGGAAGAGCUGCCCUGGGCUCUUGAUCUUGGCUCACCCAUUCUUUGUGAGGGACUGGGAGGGAAGGGAUGGACCCUGUGCUUUGGACCAUGCAAGGGCCUCCUUUCCACCCUAUCUAAUGAGGGAGACCUCUCCCUUGCUCCAUGCCUCUGUUCAUGCCUGUUGUCUUGGAAAAGGAUGGCCCCUUUGUUUUAAGGCUUUGUGAUGUAGUCAUCUCUAGUUAGGAUUGGCACCUCUUAAUAAAGGGCCAUGUGGCCUCUCUGAAGUCACAGGUGGCCAGGAGCCCUCCGGAGUACAGAACACCUGCCAGGCUGAGUGGUUCUGCUGCUUUCUAAAUUUCAAGAACUUUUUUUUUCUUAAAGAGUUCUCCAGAAUGAAUUGACAAUAUACGUAAGUACCAUAUUUCCUUGUGGUGUAUGCUCUGUUCUGGUUUUUGUUUUUUAAUCAAAUGCCUGUUUGGGAAGAGAUGAACGUAUUUAGUCUAUUAGAUUUGCGCUGCUGGAUUUUUUUUAAAAGUGUAACCUUGACUAGCUGUCUUAUUGUUUA